AUUAAUGCUGAUGGCGUGACUUUUGCAAUUCCACUUGUGCCCCCUUGCUAAUGAUAUUCAUCAGCCGCACCCCCGCUAUAAAUACGUUCGAACUGGCUCUCCUUCUUCUCCGUGUCUUGUUCUGCGUUGUUUGACCCAUCCUGAGAAAACUCGAAAACCAAAGAAGAAGAAGAAGAAGAAGAAGAAGAGAGAGAGAGAGAGAGAGCAGAUGUCUCCGAGAGUCAAAUGCCUCGCCCUCUUGGCCCUCCUCGCCGCCUCCUUCGCCGCCGUCUCCUCCGCCGCGCGCCCCGACCCGGCGUCCCGCGGCGCCGCUUCGGCUUCGACAUGGACGACGACGCAGCCUCAGCCUCAGGUGGUCGGUGAAGACUGCGGCGGCGUCGGCGGCGGCGGCGGCGGAGGAGGAGCAGAGGAGCGCUUGAUGCGAAGAACCCUAGAGGCUCACCUCGAUUACAUCUACACCCAGAAUCACCAGCCUUGAGAAGCCCAUUUUCAUUUUUUUUUUUUUUUUACUUCUUUUUUUAAGUUUUCAUUUCUCAAUUUUUUUUCAUUUUGUGAUAUUUUCUUUCCAAAUUCAUGUUUUUUUAUGCGAAUUAACGGAAUCAAAUCAAUGGGAGGCUUGCUUGUUA